GCACGCCUUGUCGUAGACAACACCAACAACACCCACCAGCAAGGAAGGCCACGGUUAGAGCCAAAAGGCACCAGCAAAAAUCAUCCACCAUUCGGGGAGGAAUAACUUUAACGUUCAAUAAUUUUCUUCUCUCACCUGUCUUAACGCAUAAAAAACGAACAAAUCCGAAACAAAACAACCGACCGAAUGCCAGGAGCUGAUUGUUGAGCAUAAUAUAUUGUGUGUGUCACGAGUAACAACAAGUUUUUUAGUUUUCUAAACCCGUUUGUGUGUCGUGUAAAUAAGAAGCGAAGCGAAAAUUUUGUCUCUUGAACGCAGAGCGCAAAAAAAAAUCCCCGAAGAAGGAUCAGAAAAUCGACCGCGGAUGAAAAGUGAGAUUAUUUUCCGCUGUUUUGCUAAAAAGCUUCGAGGUUUAUACAUAUUUUCCAUGUAAGCAUUCCAAGGAGGGGGAGAGCAAAAAAAAAAGCGAAACGAAAAAGGAUUAAUCGAAGGUAAAACCACCGCCUGAAAGGAUACACACAUACUCAUACGCAUAAACACACAAAAGCAACAAUGAUGCCUGAUUGUUGACCGAUAACCCACAGCGAAAUAAUAAUAGUAAUUAAGAGAAAUACGGAGUAAAUGAUUACCAAAAGCAAGCAUGAAAAGCGACUGAUGCGAGAAUUGCAAUAAGAAAGUGAUUUAUGAUCUGAUAAACCAACCCCUGGUAUCUGCGGGGUCAUUUCAGCAACAACAAAAAAAAAAGGAAAGCCGUGAAUCCACCACAAAUUCGUCCUCAAACAAAACAUCGAAUUUUUAAGCAAAGAAAAAAAAAAUCCGAAAAGACGGAGAGAAACAGAAAGGAAUUCCAAAAAAAAAAGAAAACACAAGAGGGGAUCAAAAGUACCGAAAUCUUUUUUGUUCCGUUGUUAAGUGAUGUUAAGCAUAUAGGAUAUAUUUCAAGUUGUUGAGAUAGUUGAAUAGUGUCGUUAACGGAGCAGAUUCUUGAGUGAAGAACAUCCGCGCGUGUGGCAUCGACAAUGUGUCGUUAAAGAAAGCUAAUAGCGGAGUGAAGGCAACCUCACCUUUGAAAGGGAAAGCAGCGCCUUCUGAAGUGCGAUUAAUCGCGAGUGUACUCUCGUCGUAGUCAACAAAACCCCACAAACGCUUAAGCAGUUGAGCCGUUAGCCGUUCCCGUGGGGUCGGUUUGUGUCAGGACUAGGGUUGUUCUUUGGGAGCGGGCGAGCUUGCUGAGCGAAUCAGGGUUGUUGGCACCACUGCUGUGCUGUGUCCUCGUCGUUGUUGUUUUUGUUGUUGUUGCCUAGCGUGUAAAGCCGCCGCUGUUUCCCUCUCACCUCCACAUCCCCAAGCGAACGAAAACUUUAGCCCCUCACCCAAGGCAACCUCACCGACUGCGGCAAAAUGGGUGAUGACAGGAAUAACAAGAAGAUUCUGCAAAAUAUAAAGAUGCCGGAGCAGAGCAACGACUAUCGAGUGGUGGUGUUCGGUGCUGGAGGUGUCGGGAAAAGCUCACUGGUUCUCCGGUUCAUCAAAGGAACAUUCCGGGAGAGCUACAUCCCGACCAUUGAGGAUACCUACAGACAGGUGAUCAGCUGCAAUAAAAACAUAUGCACACUGCAAAUCACGGACACCACCGGGUCGCACCAGUUUCCGGCUAUGCAACGACUAUCCAUCACCAAGGGCCAUGCGUUCAUCCUGGUGUACUCGGUAUGCUCCAAGCAGAGUCUGGAGGAGCUCAAGCCUAUCUGGAGUUUGAUUCGGGAGCUAAAGGGCGAGGAAAUUUCGCAGAUACCGGUGAUGCUGGUGGGAAACAAGUGCGACGAGCCGGAGGAACUCCGCGAAGUGACCAACAUCGAAGGCCAAACCGAAGCUGCCACCUGGGGGAUCUCGUUUAUGGAGACAUCCGCCAAGGAGAACCACAACGUCACAGAGCUGUUCCAGGAACUGCUCAACAUGGAGAAGAAUCGCAACGUUUCGCUGCAGCUGGAUGGCAAAAAUAAGAAAAAGAACAAGAAAAAGAUGAUGAAGGAGCAGGCCAAAGAGGAGAAGCUUCUGAAGGAGAAAAAGGAGAAGGCGAAACAGCAGGCCAAGGAAAAGGAGAAAACUCAGAAGGAAAAGGAAAAACCCCCAAAGGACAAAGCGAAUGGUACCAAUAAGAAGGAGGCCGCAGCGCCAGCCGAAGGGGAAGGGAGUGGCAAUCUCAAGGAGAAAUGUAAAGUGAUGUAAUAAUGUUGAUAUGCAUAAUCUGUAUCGAAAAAAGUAACAACCACAAAAUCGAAGAAAAAAAUCGAAAACAACAAGCUAACGAGAAUGAUGAAGGGAAAAGAGAUACACACACAUUAUCAGGUUUUAAAUCGAUUUUAGACGCUAAAACAACUUCAUUGAUUAAAAAAAAGAUAAAAAAUCAACAGAAAUGAUAUUAUACAACCAUAAUUAUAUUUAUACAUAUUGAACAAAAAUAUUAUGUACAUACUAUAGUGCUAAUUCAAAAUUAUAAACGCAACGUAGUAACGAGCAAACGCUUAAACUUCAUGAUAUGCCAUUAAAAUCACUAGCAAAUAUAGCAAAUUAUUAUAUAUUUUGCUUCGAUAAUUCAAUACAUUUGAAUAAAUCGUUAAAUUGAAA